UGGCAGCUGAGCUGAAGCCACAUUUGCUGCACAUUUAAAUCGUACCACCACGUACCACGUUUGGCACAAUAACCGCUGACUUGAACGCACAGCAUGGGCGGAGAACCCCCUGGAGGGAGCAGCAGCAGCAGCGUCGGCGAAAGUGGACAGGAGCAGUACCAGGCUAUAGCCUUCGACACCGCCGUCAGUACUCUAGUGGCUGUAGCCGUGUACGUGGUGGUCAAAGUCAGCCUGGACGGCUUCAGACAGUGGCGCUCCAAGAUCUCCGUGUUAAUAGUGGGCUCGGGACCGAUCGGCCUGACCGCAGCGUUGGUCGCUGUCCGCUCGGGGAAGGUGCUGAAGCUGACAGUGCUGGACGAGCGGUGCCGGAGCGCCCUGCUCUGCCGGCCCCAGCAGAUCGCCCUGGACCCCCGCAGCGUGGGGUUUCUGCUGGGGUUAGGGGUGGACUUCGAUAAUAUGGAGGGGUGCUGGCACAACGAGCACUUUUUCACCAAGAUCGGGGUGUUUCAGGAGUAUUUGUUGAGCAUCUUGGAGCAGAAGAAGCAGAAGGUCGACGUCCGUGUACAGCUGGGAACCAAGUUCACCGAGGAGUACCUGCACCGACUCCCCCGGCCCCAGUGGCCCCGGGUGCUGGUGGUGGCCGACGGCUCCUGCGGGGACUCCUGCUCCGUGCUGGGCAUCAGCUCCGACUACGCGGUGGAGUCCUGCCGGGCCUACGGCGCCAACGCCACCAUAGAGAGGCUGGACCAGAGACAGGUGCCCACCCCAGAGAUCCGGGCUCACCGGCUGUACUUUGACCUGUCGGCGUACGGGGUGGAAGCGCUCCGGGACCACAAGAACCACGCCUCCAAGCCCGGCUUCCACCUGAAGAUCUACGGAACCUUGCGGAGCCGCUACAUGGCGCUGGUGUGCCCGGCCUCCGACACCAAGAUGGUGCGCUUCCUGUGUCACACCGCCAACGCCUCACUCAUGUAG